AUGGAUCAAGAAGAAAGAACGCCUGAGACCAAAAGCCAUUCAGAACCCAGUACGUCUAAUGCGGGAGAACCUGUGGUGCCACUGAACGCACCAUUCCCUAGACGUCUGAUGAAGAAGAAUGAUGAACAACAAUUCAAGGGCUUUCUUGAGCCCUUGAGGCAAUUGUAUAUCAACAUUCCACUUAUAGAAGCCCUGGAGCAGAUACCAAAAUAUGUCAAAUUUUUUAAGGACAUUUUGACAAAGAAAAGAAGAGUCAGUGAAACGGAAAUAAUCGCACUAACACAGGAAUGCAACGCGUUAGUAAGCAAUAGUCUACCAAAGAAACAGAAGGAGCCUGGGAGCUUCACAGUUCCUUACUCAAUAGGAGGAUUGGAUCUCGCUGACAGAACGAUCAAGUACCCAAAAGGAAGGAUUGAAGACGUUCUGGUAAAGGUUGACAACUUCAUAUUCCCAACAAACUUUAUUAUCUUGGAUUAUGAAGCAGAUAGGGAGGUACCAAUUAUCCUUAGACGCCUCUUCUUAGCUAUUGGGAAAAUUUUAAUUAACGUGCAUAAAGACGAAUUGACUAUGCGCGUAGAUAAUCAAGAGGUGAAGUUUAAUGUAUUAAAUGCAUUAAAGUUCACAGAUAGUGAAGAUUGUCAACUGAAAAGUAUUAAAUUGCCUGAAGAAGAGACCUAUGUAUGCGAGGUCCUCGCGUUGGAGGAGAACCUGAAAGAACCAAAGCUGCCAAGUCUGAGUGAGCAACGGACAAAAACAAUGCGUCCAUCACUUGAGGAACCACCAGAAUUCGAGUUGAAACCGUUACCUAGUCACCUGAAAUAUGCCUUCUUUUUUUUUAGGGAAGUUAAAAUCCAGGUGGUCAGGUCCAUCAUUAAAACAGUCUUUCCAUAUGAAGCAGUGGAAGUAACACGGGAAGAUGGCACCAACGCAUUCAAAGUAAAUGGCCAAAGAGUGAAGCCAUACUUUGAAGAUGGACUGGAAUGUCAAAAGUCAUCCCUCACACUACGCGAAGCCAGUUGA